CGGCAGCGGCAGCGGCGGCCUCGGCAGUAGGUCCAGCUUGCCCGCGCGCCGUAGCCGUUUCCUCCAGCGCGGCGCCCGCUCCCCUCCCCUCUUCCCUCCCUCCCCUCCGGGCACUACCCCGUUUCCCCCCUGCACAGCCCCGUCCAUCCCCCCUUCUCUUUUCCCUCCGGUAGCCUCUCGAGGUCCCACCCCAGGGAACCGGGGGAUCGCCGCGAUGGGCCUCACCAUCUCCUCCCUGUUCUCCCGCCUCUUCGGCAAGAAGCAGAUGCGCAUCCUGAUGGUUGGCUUGGAUGCUGCAGGAAAAACAACCAUUUUGUAUAAACUGAAAUUAGGGGAGAUAGUCACCACCAUUCCCACUAUUGGUUUUAAUGUUGAAACAGUAGAAUACAAAAACAUUUGUUUCACAGUAUGGGAUGUUGGUGGUCAAGAUAAAAUUAGACCUCUUUGGAGGCAUUACUUCCAAAACACACAGGGUCUCAUUUUUGUUGUAGACAGCAAUGACCGCGAGAGAAUUCAGGAAGGAGCAGAAGAGCUUCAGAAGAUGCUUCAAGAAGAUGAGUUGCGUGAUGCUGUACUCCUGCUUUUCGCUAACAAGCAGGAUUUGCCAAAUGCUAUGGCAAUAAGUGAAAUGACAGAUAAAUUAGGUCUUCAGGCCCUUCGCAACAGAACUUGGUAUGUUCAAGCCACCUGUGCUACACAAGGAACUGGUCUAUAUGAGGGACUUGAUUGGCUGUCAAAUGAGCUCUCAAAACGUUAAAUCAGACUGGAUAACCGACGACACCUUUGAUAGAAUUGGUCUAGGCUUGUUACAACAUUAGUUUGCAUCUUGGUUAUUAAACAGUACCUGGAACUGGUUGAGCAGAAAAUUACAGCGUUUUAAAACUUUAUUUUGUUGCCAUUUAUUGUUUACCAGGUUUUAUGUUGCUACUGUAGCAUUAUGCUUGGAUUAGAUUCUCCUUAAUUUUAAGAAAAGGGGUUUUUCUGAUUUUACUUCCCCUAGUCUAAAAGCCUAGACAUAGCAAUUUUGACAUCCUUACAUAAAUAUUUUGAAUUUUUUGAACCCCAAUGAAUAAUAUUUUUAAAAUUUCCCCUGCUACUUUAGUUUACUGAUACCUUAUGUCAUUCCUUGGGCAGUCUGCUGAUUUUUAAAAAAUGUAGCAUUCCAUUUGUAUUUAUUUUUCUCCCUUGCCAAAAAAGACUUACUAAUAUUGCUUGUGCCAGCCAAGAAAAUGCUCUAAAACACUAUUCAGAUCUAUUGCACUGAGCAACAUUUUGAUUAACCCUUGGCUUCCAUCAGCUCAGCUUACCUUGGUGUGAGUUGGACUUGACAGAUAGAAUAGUUCUAUGCUGGUUGCGGAAGUUCAUUUUGAGAUUUUUUUUUAACAUUCAGCAGGUUGUCUUCCUUUUCAUUGUAUCUCUUUUAUGUUGCAUGUUGCUUUUGGUAUCAGCCUGAUUGUUUUUGCCCAGUGUAUUAUAGGUCUGCUGAUGUUUUAUUGUUCAUUGGUGAACACAUCUUCAUGAAGAAUGACUGAAAAAUUCUUCAAACUCAAUAAUUAGUUUCUUCAUAACCCACUUGGAAUUAUUCCUAAUAAAAUGAUAAAAUGUAUA